AUGAUAGAUGGCGCUGCCGGUAUCAACCUGUGCGAAAAUCGACACCUAAAAAUACAUACAACUUGUUUUUGGGUCACUCGUGUCAUCUCAUCGUGACAGAAUUAGCUUUAGCCAAAACUCAUUCUAAUCGCGCUGAUAAUUACGUCGCGUGCAAUCAACACACAGUAUAACAGGUGAUUGCCAUACAAAAUGUUUGUACUCCACUGAAAUAUACAAAAUGACCAGUAACACCGAAGACUUAGAUUCGAUCGCCGUAAAUAACUUCAGGGAAUAUUUACAGAUACCCAGCGUCCACCCGGACAUCGAUUAUGGACCAUGCGUUGAGUUUUAGCAACGUUUGGCCAAUGAGAUAAAACUUCCUGUACAAGUGAUUGAACCUGUUGCAAGUAAACCAGUUGUAAUCAUAUCAUGGCUUGGCCAAAGCCCAAAUUUGCCUUCCGUAUUGCUGAAUUCGCACAUGGACGUUGUUCCGGUAAUGCCGGAGGAAUGGAAACAUCCCCCGUUCGGUGCUGAAGUGCACGACGGGAAGAUUUACGCCCGUGGUGCACAAGAUAUGAAAUGUAUAGGUAUACAAUAUUUGGAAGCCAUCCGUCGCCUCAAAGAGAAUAACGUCCAGUUACAACGCACAAUACACUGUAGUUUUGUACCUGAUGAAGAGAUAGGUGGCGCUGUUGGCAUGAAACAAUUUGUCAAAAGCAAAACUUUUAAGGAAUUAAACAUCGGCAUGGCUCUCGACGAAGGAUUACCUAGCGUUGACGAUAGAUUUUUGGUUUACUACGGAGAACGAUGCAUGUGGCAUGUGACCUUUCAUUGUCCGGGUCAACCGGGUCAUGGAUCACUCUUAUUGAAAGACACUGCUGCUGAAAAACUGCACAAUCUCAUGUCGAAGAUAAUGCAACAUCGUGCCGAACAAGUUAGGCUACUCGACUCGGAUCCAGAUUUAACCAUCGGUGAUGUAAUGACUGUAAACGUAACAAUUUUAAAUGGCGGUCAGCAGGCGAAUGUGCUUCCAUCUGAACUAACUAUGACAAUGGACUGUCGAAUACCGGUAACGUCAGACAUUGACGAAUGGAGUAAAACACUUGAUACUUGGUGUGCAGAAUCAGGCGAAGGUAUCUAUAUGGUUCAAUCUCGUUUUGAAAAUGCGAAACCGACUGAUAUAUCUGAUGAGAAUCCAUACUGGAUGCGUUUCAAGGAAAGCGUGGAUGACAUGGGACUGCAAAUUGAAACGCGAAUAUUUCCCGGUGGCACUGACAGCCGCUUCCUGCGCGAAAUGGGCAUACCAGCACUCGGCUUCUCGCCCAUCAUCAACCAUCCCGUACUGCUGCACGAUACUGAUGAAUACCUCGCUGAAUCAAUGUUCCUGCGCGGCAUCGAAAUCUACAUGAAGUUGAUUUCCUCACUUGGUGAUAUUGCCAACGACGAAAAUUAACAAAACAGAACUAAACCAAAAACACACGCACCAAAUAAUGUAACAUAACACACAAAUCAUGGCUUAUUGAAACGAAUAUCACGGUAAAACACGAUAAAACGCAAAACCACUGAAAAACAUCACGAAUGAUUACUUAUCCAA